AAUUUUCUAAACAUUGCCGGGGCUCUUAAUCUCUAUUCUCGACCCAACUGCGGCCUUUCCCGUUUCAAACAGGUCGUCACCGGAAAUAAAUCCAGAGGUCGCGAAGAUAGGAGCUUAUUAUUAUUAUUAGUACUUGAUUAUGCUUUUGUGACGUGGCAAAGCGAAAGAGAAAAAGAAACCAGAGGAGGAAAUGCUUGAGGGACUUGUUCGGCAACUGCUGUUGGGAUAUCUCGGCCGAUACGUAAAAGAUAUCCAGAAAGAACAGCUUAAAAUAACCCUGUGGAACGAGGAAGUCUUAUUGGAGAAUGUAGAGCUUAUUCUUGAAGCCUUCGAUUAUCUCCAGUUGCCAUUUGCGCUGAAACAAGGUCGGCUUGGGCGGCUAAGCAUUAAAAUUCCAUGGAAAAAGCUUGGUUGGGACCCCAUCAUUAUUAUUUUAGAGGAUGUAUUUGUUUGUGCAUCCCAACGGGAUGACUGUGAGUGGAGUUUGGAUUCAGUUGAAAAAAGAGAAUUUGCUGGAAAAAAGGCUAAACUUGCUGCAGCAGAGCUGGCCAAAUUAUCAAGAUGCGUUGGUGAUAACCAGGCUGGGCAAUCAUUUAUUUCGUACAUUGCUGCAAAGAUUCUUGAAAGUAUCCAAGUCUCCAUCAGAAAUCUGCAUGUCAUAUACUGUGACAGGUGGAGCGAAUCAGAACACAUUACAUUUGGUCUAAAGUUUUCCAGCUUGACAGUAGUGAAGCAAAAUCCUAUUAGGUCAUAUAGUGGAUGGGCGAGGGUGGGCCAAGUCAACAAAAUUGUAGAGAUUAUGGGUUUGGAAAUUUAUUGUAGCACAUUCCAAGGAACGAUGGACUUCUCUGUGGAAAAUGAUGGGAACUCCAAAUUAUUGGGUAACAAAGCUUUUGAAGGAAAAAGUCAUGACUUCUUAUUGGCGCCUUGUGAUGUAUCAUUGUCGCUUUUGGUUAACAGAUCAGGAAAGCUUGAUUACAAUGCUGCACAGUAUUCUAUCACUGCUGAGCUAACUGGCUUGGUCAUUUCCUUGAAUGAGGUUCAAUUGAAGCAAAUUUUGGUUUUAUGGGAUUAUUUAGGCACAUGUCGAUUGCGAGAGAAGUAUGGACGCUAUCGUCCCUGGUGUAGUCCUUUAUCAAUAAAACUCCAGGGUUGGCAGAUAUUGUGGUGGCACUAUGCUCAAGAAUCUGUCUUAUCAGAUAUUCGUAAGAAAUUAAAGAAAACUUCGUGGAGAUACUUUGGGCAGCGACUAAAUUAUUGUCGGAAGUAUGUUAAUUUAUACAAGACUAAGCUGGACUAUCUUCGACGAGAACAGUCAAUUGAUGAAGAUAUACUCCGAGAAUUGGAGCAAAUGGAGAAAGAAUCGGAUCUAGAUGAUAUUUUAAGUUAUAGGUCUGCUGCCGAACAUGAGCUGCAGGAAUUUUCCUCGAAGUCUUCAACGCCCAAAAUGGGAAUAAAUGUUUCUGGUAUUGAUGUGGAGGUGUCACAAAAUGAUGAUCAUUCAACAGGCAAAUCCCGAGGAUGGUUGAAUUGGCUGUCCCGUGGUAUGCUAGGUGCUGGAGGAACAGAAGAUUCUAGUCAGUUUUCUGGUGUUGUUUCUGAAGAAGUUAUAAAGGAUAUUUAUGAAGCAACAGAAUUCUAUCCUCCGGUUUUAUCCAAUGGUGACGGUGUUGCCAAUGAUAUGAUCUAUCUAUGGACAAUCAAGUUCAGCAUUCAUCAGAUUUCUGCAACACUCUGGAGCAUGAAGUACGGGCAAGAAAUUGCUGAGUUGUGUCUUCAUAGGGUAAUUAUUGAGUGCAAACUUUACAAAGAAUCUGCAAGCAUCAUUGCUCUAGUCCAAUCAGGAGAGAUGGUUCACCCAUGUACCAAGAAAGUCAUUCUACUUAUGAAAACGAUGGAGACACCAUCUAUGAUUGACCACCUUUAUUUGCAGCCCAUUCUAGAGAAAGGUGUAGCGGAUAAUAAGCAUCCUUCCUGUACCAUCCAAGUGGAUCUGUCACCUAACUGUGAGGUUGAAUUGUCGGUCAAGGGCAUGCUUCAACCACUUGAAGUUACUUUUGAUGCAGAAUUCUUUAUGAGUUUCGUGGAGUUCUUUGAUGUGUUAAAAUCCUUAAGUUUUCAGCAAGAAAGGCUCCUCUUAUCGCUGAAUGGUAUAAAAAAUGCCAAUGCUAGACUGUUAUCAAAAGCUGAAUACAUUUUAUCAAGUCGUAAGAAAGUGAUGUGGGACAUUAGUAUCAUCAAUAUUGUCGUAAAUGUUCCUUGGGGAAAUGCAAUUUCCGAGCAGUUUGACUUGGUAUUGGAAUUUGGAGCUCUUCUUUUUAAAUCCAAAUGUGAUCUAGGUUCAUUCCCUUCAAAAUUUGGGGAAGAACGUUGUAACCUGAAAAAUUUCUUAAAUUCAAUUUCCACCUCUAACUGUUCUAUGAGCUCCCAACUUCAAGAUCUUUAUGAUCACUUCGAAGUCAAACUAAACGAUUUUGAGAUGAAGAUAAGGGUGCCACAUCAUACGCAAACAAUCUCCAUCUUUGAGAAAUGUUGUCCUUCUAUUACCUUGGCUUCUUGCAUGAUCAUGGAUGAAUCUAUUUUGAAACAGUUAGAGGUUUAUAUUAUUGUAUCAUCACUUCGUGCACACUUGUCUCCAUCAAUCUAUGGUGCAGUUCUGGAAUUGAUAGCACAUCUAGGUAUUGUGUUUAGUCCAAAGAAUGAAUCUGUAACAUCAGAAACUCUGGAUCCACUUAAUAUGACACCAAAUGGAUGGACAACACAUAUUUUUGGUUUCUCUGUCAAUGCGAAUUUGGAGUCCGUGAGUUUACAAGUUGAUAUUGCAAAUAAUGGAGACUACAGUUCUGCACUGAUGCUUUCUCUUAGAGACCUAGAUAUAUGGUAUGCACUAACAAAAUUUGAGGAGUGCUGGAUCUGUAUGAAGGCAUUGAAGAUCACCAUGCAUCCACCGAGAGGUCAGGGGGAGAGCCAUGUUCUGUAUUCAUGUGGGAAUGCAUCUUCUACCAUUUCUAUUUAUCAGCAUGACGAUGAUAUUGGUCUUAAUGAUGGUAGUGACAAUUAUAAUGACAGAGAUUUAUCUGCCAAAGGAGGAUUUUUCUUACAUUAUAAAUCUCACAGAACAGAUUUGCUUCGCCACAAAUUUACAGUUUACUUGAAUGAUGCUGAUCUCCACUGCUACCCUUAUGCAAUUGGAUUGCUGACCGGUUUCCUUGAUAGACUGUCUGUUUAUGAUACAUCUUCUGAAGGUGCCCAUAGCCCCAAGGUGGAUGCCGAAGUUCCAAAUACUGUGCCUGCCUUUGGGUUUCAAAGGUUCGGUUUCUCAAACUUUGUCGAUAACGGGUCCUUUGAAUAUCCGAGUAUUCCUUUAGAUCACUUCCCCUUUGUCACUCUUUGCAACUCUGGUUUGCUAGUUAGCCUUGAGAGUUCACUUCUUUGUCCCAAUUCUGAAUGGAGAAAAUAUCUGAAUCUAAGGGACAGAAAAAUCAUAACUCCAAGGUUCGGUAUCAAGGAGGCAUGUAAACUUUUUCAUACCCCUCCAUUAGCAUCCGCAUCUGAUAAAGAAGCAUUUCAUGUGUCUGGGACCUCAGGUGUCACUGAUCGAUUUGUUAUUGAUUUGCAUCUCUGUCUAAUGAGAGUGCAUUUUCAUGACUCCUCGUGCAUUAUUGGAACAAUUACAUUACCAGGCUCUAAAUCUUCAUUGCUUAUUAAUGAAGAUUCUAUGGAUAUUUUGUGUUCUAUAGAGGGAUUGACACUGACCUCAUCUUGGUGGACACGAAAUUUCCAUGAUUUUUUGUGGGGCCCCUCAUUACCAAAUUUAUCUCCUAUUUUGAAUGUACGUGUGAGGAAAGAAAAAAGUAGAUCACUCAGUUCUCACUUUGAAGUGAGCAUUAGCAUUCAGCAUGUGUAUUGCAUUUUACCAGCCGAAUAUUUGGCCAUAAUCAUUGGUUACUUUUCAUUGUCUGAAUGGAAUUCAAAUUCAAAGCCUGCAACUGAAGGCCAUAAGUACACAGGAAAUGAGAGUUCCUUUGCGUAUAAAUUUGAGAUACUGGACUGCACUUUGAUUUUUCCUGUGGAAAGGAAUGAACGUGAGUUUCUAAAUGUUGAAAUUCGACAGCUGUACAGUAGUUUCAUCCAUGAGAGCAUAUCGGAUAAUGUAUUGAAGGAAAUUCCUCUUGAAUAUUUGGUUCCUCCACAUAUAUUUGCGAGAAGAAAUCACUGUUUAAAUAUUUUUGGACAAGACUUGUUGUUAUCAUUCCUGUUGUUGAAGGACAAUGGAUAUGGUAACGUAACAUUUGAUGAAGAUAGUGACUGUGUACAUAUUACCCUAGUUGCUCCCCUAAGUGCUGAUAUUUGGGUUACAAUGCCAUGUGAAAGUGAAUCCCCUGAUAGAAGCUCUCCCUCGACCACAUGUGUCAUGACAAGGGUCCGAAACUGUCAAAUUGUGGUUGAUGAUGGUCACUUUAUAGAUGGACUUGAGGCUCUGCAGGAUGUCAUAAAUCAAUUAUCCUCGGUAGAUAAUCAGUCAAAAGGAUUCAAAUCUGAUGUUCUACAGUUUCUUCAGUUAAAGAGGUGUCUAAAAGAGAUUAGUGCAGUUUCGCAUGUUGGCUCAAGCAUGAUAUUCACAGAAGUUAGGUGUUAUGUUAAUUCAUUGUCAAUAAAAUUGCAUAGCUGUGGAAAAGAUUCAAUGGAAUUGGUUGCUAAGGCUGACAUGCAAUUUUCAUGCUCUGCAUCAUUGAAAAACGACACACUCUCAAGCUUUGGUCUUACUUUCUCCUCCUUGGAGUUAUCUUCUUUGCCAAAUUCUAUUUUACUAGUGCAGUGCACCUCCACAUGCCCUUCCUCGUCUGUUGUUGACAUUUCUUUUUCCAAAUCAAUUAAUGAAGAAAAUGAACUUUGUUUUUCUCUUCCUUCUCUCAACAUUUGGCUACAUUUGUCUGACUGGACUAAGAUUUUUGACGUUAUUAACUCUUAUGCUGGACAACUGACCAAAGCCACACUCCUGGAUUCAUCAUCAAAGAGUUUGGCCUUGAAUAUAGUUGAUCCAUUGAAAAAUGUGGCACUUGACGUCUCUCCAAGUUCUCAUCAUUCUACAAGUGUGUCAACUCAGUUUUCCUCAGUGAACAUGAAGCAGGAUGCUGUUUUCCUGAUUGUAAGGUCAGAAAAUGUUGGGAUUACAUUUUACUUCCCUUUAUUGGUCACCAAAGAAGCUUGCAGGCAACUUAAGCUAGCUGACAAAUACAAGAAUGCAUCCCAGAAUGUUUCAUCUGAUGCGCAUGAAGAAAACGAUUACAAAUUUCUUGUUUUGAGUUUGUAUAGUAGAAGUACAGGAUUCUUUAUAGACGGAAGAAAUAUAAAAUUUAAGUCCAGCUUGGAAAAUUUGAGUGGCACAAUUGCAAUAUGUGACAACAAGAGUGUUCCACCUUGGCCUCUUUUCCAGAUAUAUCAGGUUGAUGUGGAGGCUGAGAUUGGUUCUAAUCAGAUGGAGGUUAUGCAUGUUGAAGUUGAGAUUCAGUGCAAUCAUUCAGAUGUGAGGCUUUCACAUCGCAUAUUCUACUUCUUGCGUGGUGUACAUUUCAAUGUACUUGAAGCACAGUCUUCCAAAUUUGUGUUUGGUGAGAUUCAUUUUAAGGCCCGGUUGAAGAAGGUUUCACUUCUGCUAAGUGAUGGAAGGUGGAGUUGUGGUGGACCUCUGUUGGAAAUUCUUUUGAGGAACAUCAUCUUGCAUGCUAGUGCGACUGAAAACAACAUUGAGGGUUCAGUCGCUGCUGAAUUUCAAGUCAACUACAAUAACAUUCACAAGGUAUUGUGGGAGCCUUUUAUUGAGCCUUGGCAAUUUCAGAUGGCUGUGAUUAGAAAAAAUGAGAUGAGUGCUUUGCUGAACAGCUUCAUCACGACAGAUAUCCAACUUAAAUCAACAGGGCAGCUUAACUUGAACUUUACAGAAUCUGUUAUUGAGUGCCUUUCUAGGACAAUUGAGAUGAUAAAGGAUGCUUGGGAUCUGAUGGAACCAUAUGAUCAUCCUGAAAGCCAGAAAUUCUUAAAUUCUCCGUUUACUAAAUAUAUGUCUGAUGGAAGAUAUGCUCCUUACAUACUUCAAAAUUUGACUUCUGUGCCACUAAUAUAUUAUGUUUAUCGAGGACUGGGUACUCCUGACAAGUUUGAUGUCUCAGAAGUGAGGGAUGGAAAUCGUGUGCAACCAGGUUCUUCUCUUCCUAUUUAUAUUAAAGAAACUCCUGAAGAACAACUUUUUCAUUGUAGGCCAGCCCAUUCUUCUGAUAGACUUCAUGAGCAGAAACCAAAUGCGUUUACUCAUCAUUUUAUUACCAUUCAACUUGAGGGAACAUCUGUGCCUUCUGCUCCUAUUUCAAUGGAUCUUGUGGGACUUACCUACUUUGAGAUUGAUUUUUCCAAGGCAUUCAAUGACAACACUGAGGAGAAUGGAACAUACACCCGGAGUGGGUUUCUUGUUCCUGUUGUGUUUGACGUUUCAGUGCAGCGGUAUUGCAAGUUAAUACGAUUGUACUCAACUGUUGUACUUUCAAAUGCAACUUCACUGCCAUUAGAGCUGCGAUUUGAUAUUCCAUUUGGUGUAUCCCCAAAGAUAUUAGACCCAAUAUAUCCUGGUCAGGAGUUGCCACUGCCUCUACAUUUGGCUGAAGCUGGUCGCAUGAGUUGGCAUCCAAUUGGAAAUUCUUACUUGUGGAGUGAAUAUUAUAACCUCACAAGCCUUCUUUCUCAGGAGAGUAAAAUUGGAUUUCUUAAAUCGUUUGCUUGCUAUCCACUUCAUGCAAGUGGCGAUCCAUUUCGUUGUUGUGUAUCAGUCAGAAAUAUCAGCUUGCAUUCAUCUGAUCAGCCGAAGAAGGGUGGUUCUCUGCAUAUAAAGGGUACUUCAAAGAAAAUAGUUGAAAGUUGUGAUCUGUAUGAGUCAAAGAAGCGGUUUGUUCACCAAGUGACCCUAACUACUCCAUUAGUAGUGAACAACUACCUUCCCGAGGCAGUUUCAUUGACAAUUGAAAGUAGUGGGGUUACUCAUACCGCAUUUCUUUCAGAGGUGAAAACUUCCUUUCAUCAUAUUGAUCCAUCACAUGACCUGGGACUAGAAAUCCAUAUUCAAGGAUUCAAACCAUCAGCUUUCAAGUUUCCUCGAACAGAAAAAUUCUGUACAAUGGAUAAGUUCAGUGGGACCAAGUUUUCGAUGUCUGAAACUGUGACCUUUUAUCCAGAUUUGUCAAAUGGUCCAGUAUAUGUAACAGUGGAGAAGACAAUCGAUGGAUUCUCGGGUGCGAGGGAACUAUUCAUUUUUGUCCCCUUUCUGUUAUAUAAUUGCACUGGUUUUCCCCUCCUGAUUUCAGAAUCUGCCGAUGACAUGAAACGAGUGGGCUGCAUUAUUCCUUCCUGUUAUGAUAUGGUUGAACAAGAACUGCUACUGGGCAAAAAAGAUGGUCUCAGUCUGCUAUUAUCUAGCCAUGAUUCACAAGCUAUGGCUCCACCUAGUUUAAGAUGUUCUUCCCCAGAAAAUCACAUUGUCUCAACCAGGGAGAAUGUAGAUUUACACUCAGCAAUAUUUUUCAUAAAACCUUUGAUUUCAUCUAACUCCCUCACAAAGUCUUGCAAAAUAUCUAAUAAAAUUGAUAUAGACACUCAAAAAGCUUUUCUAAACAGUUCAAAAGACAGUUUGGGUUCAAGCAGUCUGUUGAUUUCUAGGAAUUCAAAUUCUGUAGGACAUGAGAAUGAAAAAGUCAGGGCAUGCAUGUAUUGUCCUAAUCCUAUUUCCUCUACAAAUGAAGUUAUGGUUAGAGUAAGUAGGUUCCUACCUGAGUGCCUUGCAGAAAACAUGCCAAAUUCUUCAUGGUCAAGCCCAUUCUUUCUUGUUCCACCUAGUGGUUCAACUACUAUUCUUGUUCCAAAAUCAUCAUCAAAUGCUGCAUCCUUGAUAUCUGUGACAUCAAAUACAGUUGAUGGACCAUUUGCUGGGAGGACAAAUGCCAUUACUUUCCAGCCUAGAUAUGUUAUCAGUAACGCAUGCAACAUGGACUUAUGUUAUAAGCAGAAGGGAACUGAUCUUGUUUUCCGUUUAGGCGUUGGAGAACAUGCUCAUCUUCACUGGACAGAUACAACCAGGGAAUUACUGGUUUCGAUUCGUUAUAGUGAACCUGGAUGGCAAUGGUCAGGCGGUUUCUUGUCUGAUCAGCUUGGUGAUACUCAAGUAAAAAUGCGGAACUAUGUCUCCAAUGCAUUAAAUAUGAUACGGGUUGAAGUGCAGAAUGCUGAUGUUUCCAUUGGAGAUGAAAAAGUUGUUGGAAGCCUCCAUGGAAGUUCUGGGACAAACUUGAUUCUCUUAUCAGAUGAUGAUACAGGGUAUAUGCCAUACAGAAUUGAUAAUUUCUCGAAAGAGAGGCUACGGAUCUACCAGCAAAAAUGUGAAACAUUUGAGACUAUUGUUCACUCUUAUACAUCUUGCCCUUAUGCCUGGGAUGAGCCCUGCUACCCACAUCGUCUAACUGUCGAGGUACCUGGAGAGCGUGUUUUGGGGUCGUAUGUUCUCGAUGAUGUGAAAGAAUACUUGCCUGUAUACUUACCAUCAUCCUCCGAGAAGCUUGAGAGGACAUUGCGUUUGUCAGUCCAUGCUGAGGGGGCAACCAAGGUCUUCUGUGUUAUUGAUUCAAGUUACCACAUAUUGAACGACAUGAAGAAUUCAAGCGUCUAUCAGUUUAGAGAAAAGCGGAAGCAUGCUCAGAGACAAGAAAAGCUAGUUGAUUACAAGGAAAAACUUUCUGUUGUUAUCCCAUAUGUUGGCAUCUCCUUGAUUAAUUCUGACCCACAGGAAUUGCUUUUUGCCUGUGUGAAGAACUUAACAAUCGAUCUGCUACGGAGUUUGGAUCAACAGAAGUUUUCCUUUCAAAUUUCAUCAUUGCAAAUAGACAACCAGCUGCGCACUACUUCAUAUCCUGUUAUCUUGUCCUUUGAUCAUGAAUACAGAAGCACCUUGGCUGGCCAAAUAAGAACAUAUGAUAAUAGCGCAAAAGCAAGAAAUGAAAGAUUAUUACCAAUGGCUUCUGAUAACUCUUGCGAACCUGUAUUCUAUCUAGCUGUGUCAAAUUGGAGGAAGAAAGAUAUUUCAUUGGUUUCAUUUGAAUAUAUAAGCUUAAGAGUAGCAGAUUUCCACCUUGAGCUUGAGCAAGAAGUGAUACUAAGCUUGUUUGGCUUCUUCAGAAAUGUUUCUUCAAGGUUCCAGAGUAGAGGCUUGCCAUUUUCUGAUCCUUUACCGCAUCCUCAUAUCUGUGAUACAGGUUUGGUAAAGGAAUCCUUGACCCAUGUUCAGAGAUGUGAGUCUUUGAAUGGAAGGGAGGACCAAUUUCUUUCAAUGAAUGUUCCCGUGUUCAAUGAAAAUAAUGGAGACAGUCUAUCACUACCUUCAGUAGUUCCAAUUGGAGCUCCUUGGCAGAAAAUUUAUCUUUUGGCUAGAAGACAGCAGAAAAUCUAUAUUGAAGUAUUUGACGUGACCCCCAUCAAGUUAACUUUAAGCUUUUCCAGCUCUCCAUGGAUGCUCAGAAAUGGGAUUCUUACAUCAGGAGAAUCUCUUCUUCACAGAGGUAUUAUGGCUCUUGCUGAUGUUGAAGGAGCACAUAUUCAUCUUAAACAAUUAACCAUUGCACAUCACAUGGCUAGCUGGGAGUCCAUUCAGGAGAUCGUCAUCAGGCAUUACACUAGGCAACUUCUUCAUGAGAUGUACAAGGUGUUUGGUUCUGCUGGUGUCAUUGGUAAUCCCAUGGGAUUUGCUAGGAGUUUGGGGCUUGGCAUCAGGGAUUUCUUAUCAAUGCCGGCCAGGAGUAUUUUGCAGAGCCCUACUGGACUUAUUACUGGCAUGGCACAAGGCAGCACUAGUCUUUUAAGUAACACAGUCUAUGCUAUAACUGAUGCUGCCACUCAGUUCAGUAAAGCGGCACAAAAGGGUAUUGUUGCAUUUACAUUUGAUGACCAGGCUGUUUCGAGGAUGGAAAAGCAACAGAUGAGUGCAGCUUCUCAUAGUAAAGGUGUGAUAAAUGAGGUUUUAGAGGGACUCACUGGUCUUCUCCAAUCACCAAUUAAAGGAGCUGAGAAACAUGGCCUUCCGGGUGUCCUCUCAGGAAUAGCUUUAGGAGUUACAGGACUUUUGGCGAAACCAGCAGCUAGUAUCCUUGAAGUUACUGGAAAAACUGCACAAAGUAUCAGAAACAGAAGUAGGCUAUAUCAAACGGGGCCACAGCGGUUUAGGACCCGGCUUCCAAGGCCUCUAAGCAAGGAAUUUCCCCUAAGACCUUACUCUUGGGAAGAAGCAGUUGGAACAUCAGUACUUGUGGAAGCUGAUAAUGGCUCGAAGCUCAAGGAUGAGGUCUUAGUCAUGUGCAAAGCACUUAAACAAGCUGGUAAAUUUGUCAUGAUCACAGAGAGAUUUGUGUUGAUUGUUAGUUGCCUCGGUUUGGUGGACUUGGGAAAGCCUGAAUUUCAGGGCAUUGCUGCUGAUCCCGAAUGGAUGAUAGAAUCAGAAAUUGGUUUGGAGAGUGUAAUACAUGCUGAUACGGAUCAAGGAGUGGUACAUAUUGUUGGAAGCAGUGCAGAUACCUUAUUGAGACAGAACCAGCAUCAUCCCAGAAAAAGCAGUGGAAUGAAGACUGUGCGAUGGAACAAUCCUCCUACUACUGUUCCACUUUUUCAGACGAACUUGGAACUGGCAAGGGAGGAAGAUGCAGAAAACUUGUUACAGAUUUUGUUGUCUACCUUUGAACUUGGGAAAGAGCGAGGCUGGGGCUGUGGGCAUCUUCUGCAUCAAAGUAAUAUCAAGUAGCUUAGAAGUGGCGCGCAUGCAAGUACUUGCUCCUAUGAAAGAUCGGUUCAUCACAAGCCCUGGCAGCUGCUACUGCACUUGGCAUUGUCCCCUACCAAAGCAAUGGGCAAAGAGCCUUUAACAUCGUUUUGAUAAAUAGGUCCUUUGGACUGCCAUAAUGGAAAUGCAGAUACAAUUGUGCCAUUACCAAUACACCCAUUGGGUAUUUUCCCCUUGUAAAAUGCAUUUAUUGUGCACGGUAUGUAUAGUGGCUACUUUUUGUCUUUUUUUAUCAUUUUCUUUUUUAUUUAGUAGCCUCGUUUUAUUGGCUCCAAAAAUCAUUAUGUAUAGUAUCACUAUGAACUUUGGGCGUUUCUCAAUCCCCUUAUACAUGUAAAUAUACUUUUGAUGGAAGCACAAAAUCCACUAGUGUUUGUCGGUAACUAAAUUUUUUUUUUUUUUUU